AUUCAUCUCCUUUGGAUUACAGAAGGGAUCCAAAUCAAAUCGGGGAUCAAAUUCUAGGGGUCCGGUCAAGUAUUCGACUUUUUUUGUACGAUUUGCGUCUAGGCUGCUUCGAGCUUGAAUUGGAUACGCAAUGAGUAGAGGUCAGUCUUAUUUCAUCACUCUCUUUAGAACCCGAACUCGACAGAACCACCCUAACACACCCCAGAUACGGAGUCUCACCGUCGAGUCUCGCGACGGUGAAUCCAAGUCCGAGGAGCUGCAGAAAUCAGCCGGAUGUGGAACCGCGUCGGCUGUAAGUUACACUGAAAUGGCGAAAACUGUCUCUACGAUCAUGAGAGAGAGACAGAGAUGGCAGCAAACUCUGGUAUCUGAUUUCCCUUCGUUUGAUUUCGCAGAUCCUUUGUUUUUCCGAGAAUUAUUGAAAUCUCAGAACAAUGUUCUGCUUUCUAUGUGGUUCUUCCGAUGGCUUUGCUCGAACUAUGAUUACACACCUGAUCCUGUAUCUUUGAACCUUCUCUUUGGUGCCCUUUUGGACGCAAAUGCCGUUAAAGCUGCCAAAAGCUUUCUCGAUUCCACUGGUUUUAACCCGGAGCCAAGGUUAUUGGAGCAAUACGUGAAGUGUCUUUGUGAAGAUGGGUUGGUAGAUGAAGGUAUUCAAGUGUAUAAUGUACUGAAAGAGAAUGGAACUAUGCCUUCAAUUGCAACCUCCAAUUCGGUUUUAUUAGGUUGCGUAAAAGCUAGGAAAUUCGAUCGCUUCUGGGAACUUCACCAGGAAAUGACAGAAUCUGAGGUUGAUCUCGAGAGGAUUCAGUGUUUGAUCCAAGCUUUGUGUGAAGGUGGGGAUGUUUCAGAAGGCUAUGAGCUUCUGAGGAAGGUUUUGAGACAAGGGCUUGAUCCAGGGCAUGCUGUGUAUGCCAAAUUGAUUUCAGGGUUCUGUCAGAUUGGGAACUACGCUUGUAUGUCGGAGAUUCUCCAUACGAUGAUAGCUUGGAACCAUUUCCCGAGUAUAUAUACGUACCACGAGAUUAUAAAGGGACUUUGCAAGAAUGAGAAGCAGCAGGAGGCUUUUUGUAUAUUCAACGAUCUCAAAGAGAAAGGCUAUGCGCCUGACAUAGUCAUUUAUACCACAAUGAUCCAUGGAUUAUGUGAGAUGGGCUGGUUCGGGAGCGCGAGGAAGCUGUGGUGUGAGAUGGUAAACAAAGGGAUGCGACCAAACGAGUUCACUUACAAUGUGAUGAUACACGCGCACUUAAAAAGAGGCGAGGUUGUGCUUGCUCGUGAGCUCUAUAGCGAGAUGCUUAAAAAUGGCUUUGAAGAAACAACGGUCAGCUGCAAUACGAUGAUCACAGGUUUCUGCUCUUAUGGAAGAGCAGACCAGGCAUUCGAGUUUUUCAAGAAAAUGUCUGAAACAGGGGUAACACCCGAUGCAAUCACCUAUAACGCUUUGGUUCAAGGAUUUUGCAAGGAAAAUAAGGUUGAGAAAGGCAUUAAAUUAUUCGAGGAGCUCAAGGCCUUAGGUCUGAAGCCUUCUGGUAGGACUUAUGCUGCACUCCAAAAGAUUAGAUAUCUGAAGAUGCCUGAUUCUGUUGCAACUUCUUUAAACGAGAUUCUAGAUGUUGCCUGAAAGAAACUAAUUUUUGUUGGGAGUCUUGCGUUACUCACAAAACUGUAACAUUAGGCUGAUUCAUCAGCAAAAGGUCGAUUACAUUUUUUUGUUUGUUUCAAAUCUGUAAUACUUUUGUUCUCUC